GAGAUAUAAACAUAGGCAGACAUAUAUAAGGCGAAAAGAAGUAGCUCCAUUGUCUGUAGUAUUAUUUUUCCCACAAAUCUCCAUUUGCCGAUCUUUCCAAAGCUCAAUCCCAGAAAAGCGUCACCACUGCCAGCCUUCGAUCCUUCGAAAGAUCCGAUCAGAUCUCUUUGUCUUUCUCUCACUGCACUUCUCAUACUGUUUUCUUUCUCUCUACACACAUACCUUUUUCUGCAACUCCAUUCUCCGGUUUGUCGAAGAUUCUGGAACAAGAAUUUGUUAGAUUCUGUGAACUAUGUAAUUUGUGUGCUUUCUUGUGAAAAAGGAGUCGUUUUUGUGUAGUUUGUUGUACAGUUAGGGUUUUUUUUUGGGGAAAGUUUUAGAUCGUGAGCUAGGGUUUCUGAAGAUCAGAAAUUGAUAAAAUUUGGGGUUUAUUCUUUAUUUUUCUUGGUGUGGUGUGAGUGAGUGUAUGAGGAUUUGGUGUUGUUUAUGUUUUGGAGAAGAAGAAGAUAGUAAGAAGGGCUACAAGAGUAUGAGGGACCCGAUUUUGGGGAAUAACGGCGACGAAUCUCCAGAUGAAAAUUCGGCAUUUGACUGGAGGAAUGUUUUUGAAGGUGUCAAUGUUGCAGCAGUGGUGAGUCCACAAGCGGGCGCUGCGGGUGAUCUUGGUGUUCCCAAGAAUGAGGAGAUUGAUUUUGAUAGCAACUGGUUAUCCAGUGAAGUGGAGGUGAAGAAUGAAAAUUAUAGUGGUGAGAAAAUGUUGGAUGUUAAUUUGAAUUUGGGUUUGAGUGGAGAGGCUUCAUCCUCAACAGUGCUGAAAGAGGAUUCUGAUCGUGAUACCUGUAGUAAAAGGCCCAAAGUUAACUCCUUUUCGCUGGAUUGGGACAACCACUUGUUGCUGGAAACCAGUUACCUAUGUCCAAUGAACGAGGGCGGUGGAGAUAUGAGUUUAUCAAACUUACUUGGUGCAACAGAUGCUGAGGGGAAAGAUUCUAAAAUGGACUAUUUAGAUGUGCGGAUGGAUCUUACUGAUGACUUGUUGCAUAUGGUGUUCUCCUUUUUGGACCAUAUUGAUCUUUGUCGAGCUGCAAGUGUUUGUAGCCAGUGGAGAGCAGCUAGCUCUCACGAAGACUUUUGGCGGUAUCUGAAUUUUGAGAAUAAACAGAUAUCCUCAAAUCAAUUUGAGGACAUGUGUCGGCGAUACCCAAAUGCAACAACAAUCAACUUAUAUGGAACUCCUAAUAUUCACCCACUAGCAAUGAAAGCUGUUUCUUCUUUAAGGAAUCUUGAGACUCUGUCAUUGGGCAGAGGUCAAUUGGGGGAAACAUUUUUUCAAGCCUUAACAGAUUGCCAUGUGUUGAGGAGUUUGACCAUUAAUGAUGCCACUCUUGGAAAUGGCAUUCAAGAGAUACCAAUUUCUCAUGAUAGCUUGCGUCUUCUGCAGCUAGUGAAGUGUCGUGUGCUUCGAGUUUCUAUCAGAUGUCCACAACUUGAAACGUUGUCACUUAAGCGCAGUAGCAUGCCACAUGCGGUGCUUAAUUGCCCUCUUUUACAUGACCUUGAUAUUGCUUCAUGUCACAAACUUUCCGACGCUGCUAUUCGUUCGGCUGCUACAGCAUGCCCUCUUUUAGAGUCUUUGGAUAUGUCAAAUUGUUCAUGUGUCAGUGAUGAAACACUGCGUGAUAUAGCUCAAACUUGUGGAAAUCUUCGAGUUUUGGAUGCUUCAUACUGCCCAAACAUUUCUCUUGAGUCUGUGAGGCUGGUUAUGCUGACUGUUCUCAAGCUUCAUAGUUGUGAGGGCAUAACAUCAGCUUCCAUGGCUGCCAUAGCCCAUAGCUAUAUGUUAGAGGUUCUGGAGCUUGAUAAUUGCAGUUUAUUGACAUCAGUGUCCUUGGAUCUUCCUCGCCUUCAGAGCAUCAGACUAGUACAUUGUCGCAAGUUUAUUGACCUUAACUUGCAUUGUGGAAUGUUAUCAUCAAUUACUGUUUCUAAUUGCCCAUUGCUUCAUCGAAUCAAUAUAACUUCAAGUGCACUCAAAAAAUUAGUUUUGCAGAAGCAGGAAAGCUUGACAACAAUUGCAUUACAGUGUCCGAAUUUGCUAGAAGUAGACCUUACUGAGUGUGAAUCGCUCACCAAUUCUAUUUGUGAAGUUUUCAGUGAUGGUGGUGGCUGUCCUGUGCUUAAAUCCUUAGUUCUAGAUAACUGUGAGAGCUUGACACUUGUGGCUUUCUGCAGCACUUCUUUGGUUUCUCUUUCACUUGGUGGUUGCCGUGCUUUAAUUUCUCUUGCACUUAGUUGCCGAUAUCUUGAACAAGUCUCUUUAGAUGGUUGUGAUCAUCUUGAAGUAGCAUCAUUUUGCCCAGUUGGUCUUAGGUCACUUAAUCUUGGUAUAUGCCCCAAAAUGAAUAUGCUCCAUAUUGAAGCUCCACAAAUGGCUUCACUUGAGCUGAAGGGCUGUGGUGUGCUAUCUGAAGCAUCUAUUAAUUGCCCCCUGUUAACCUCUUUUGAUGCUUCAUUCUGCAGCCAACUCAAGGAUGAUUGUUUAUCUGCCACGACUUCGUCGUGCCCCCUCAUCGAGUCAUUAGUAUUAAUGUCAUGUCCAUCUGUUGGCUGUGAUGGACUCCUCUCUUUGCAGUCCCUCCCAAACUUGACCUACCUUGAUCUAUCCUAUACGUUUUUGGUUACCUUGCAACCUGUUUAUGAAUCAUGCUUGCAGUUAAAGGUCCUAAAGUUGCAAGCAUGCAAGUAUCUCACUGAUACAUCUUUGGAACCCCUCUAUAAAGAAAAUGCUCUCCCAGCCCUUUGUGAGUUGGAUUUGUCGUAUGGGACCUUAUGCCAAUCAGCCAUUGAGGAAUUGCUUGCUUGCUGCACACAUUUGAGUCAUGUCAGCUUGAAUGGAUGUAUUAAUAUGCAUGAUUUAAAUUGGGGAUUUACUGGAGAUCAACUGUCGCAUAUACCCAGUGUUAGUAUACCUCAUGGAUCUUCCCUGGGAGAACAGCAGUUGCCAAAUGAACAACCAAAGCGUUUGCUAGAGAACCUUAACUGUGUAGGCUGCCCAAAUAUAAAAAAGGUGUUUAUUCCUAUGGCACAAGGUUUCCUUUUGUCAUCAUUAAACCUUUCCCUGUCUGCGAAUUUGAAGGAGGUUGAUAUAGCUUGUUACAACUUGUGCGUUCUCAAUUUGAGCAAUUGCUGUUCAUUGGAAUCAUUGCAACUGGAAUGUCCAAGAUUAAGUAGCCUCUUUCUUCAGUCCUGCAACAUUGAUGAGGAAGCUGUUGAAGCUGCCGUAUCACGAUGUACGAUGCUUGAGACGCUUGACGUUCGUUUUUGUCCCAAGAUUUGUCCACUGAACAUGACGAGGUUGCGGGUUGCAUGUCCCAGUUUGAAACGCAUCUUCAGCAGCCUAGUCCCAUCAUGAGGCAAAAUGAAAUAUUUGAUAUGUUUGUGUAGGCUGGCUAGGGACAUAAUAUUUGACUACAGAGGUUCAUAUUUUAUGUAUAGUUAGCUAUUUAUGUUGCUGUGAUUGGUGAAACGUACAGCGAGCUUCAUACAUGUAACACCUUAAUGUUUUGGUGUUGGCUUUCACAUUUUAUGAUUUGGUUAGCGCACUUAAUGCAACUUUAUUCAGAUCUCA